AUGACUUUUAUUGGAAGUCCUCAGGAGCAGCUGCUGCUGCCCUGCUCCCAUAUAAACUGCGCUCUGUGCUCCCAGCCCAUCAGAGCGCAAGCUGCGUCCCCUACUUCCCCCCGCCAGGCCCCCAGAGAGUACGAGACCAGCCCUGAGCAACUCUUCUACCGCAUCGCCCACCUCAACCGCGGGCAGCAGUACAUGCUGUGGGUGGCGGCCGUGACCUCGGCGGGUUGCGGCAACAUCAAUGAAAAGGUCACCAUUGAGCCUGCUGGGAAAGCCCCAGCCAAGAUCAUUUCCUUUGGCGGCACUGUCACCACUCCGUGGAUGAAGGACGUGAGGCUGCCGUGCAGUUCGGUUGGGGAGCCGGCCCUUGCCAUUAAAUGGACAAAGGACAGUGAAGAUUCUGCCAUCCCGGUGGCGGUGGACGGGCACCGGCUGAUCCAGGCCAACGGCACAGUGGUCCUGCGCUCAGUGAAAGCAGAGGAUUCUGGGUAUUACGCCUGCACCACCACCAACACCUGGGGCUUUGAUACCAUCAUCAACCUGCUGGUGCAAGGUAAGGGCUGUGCCA